UACCUGUGUUGUAAUGCAAUCGAGGCCCUACAACAAAAUGGCGACAGGCAAGUGAACAUUUUAUAAGGAAACAAAAAAUCCUCUGGAAAGAGCAAGAAGUUGACAAUGAAGCAGGUUGUGUUCUACUACGAUGUUGUGUGUCCAUUUGCCUUCAUGGCAAGUAAGUUUAUCGAGGGAUUGGCGAAGCAAACACAGGCUGAGAUCGUAUGGAAACCGGUUCUUCUAGGUGGCCUUUACAAAGCAAUCUCAGGCGAGGGUGAUUACUCUGCUGCUGACAAAAUGUGUGAUGCAAGAAAGCUCAUCGUUGGACAAGAUCUCCGGAGGUUGUUGUAUCGUAGUGGGCUUGAUGUGCACAUGCCAUCUGGACCACCAAAAAAGACACUUCCUACCAUGCGACUGCUGGCUGCUGCAUGUGUUCAAGCACAGGAGACUGGCAUCAGUCUCACACACUGGCUGUAUGACGCAUAUUGGGUACACAAUAAAGAUGUCACUAGUCUUGACGUAUUACAAGAGGGAGCAUCUCACGUUGGUUGGUCUGUUGAUGUUGAAAGUACAAUAAAUGGUGUUGGAAAGCAAGUAUUGCUAGACAACACGCAAGAGGCACUAGACAGAGGUGCCUUCGGAGUUCCAAGUUUUUGGGUCAAUAAUGAACUCUUUUAUGGUACUGAUCGUAUGCACUUUGUGGAAAGUGCCCUUGGCCCAGAUAAGCAUGUAACCAUGCCACGCCUAUACCACCCACCCUCCCAUCCAACUAGGGCCAAGCUUAUUAUUUACCAUGACUUUGCCAGCCCAUGGAGCUACCUAGGGUCUACACAAAUUGCAGACCUAGUAUCCAGUCUUCACCCUGUAUCAGUGGAGGUGGAAUGGGUACCAAUCCUUGUUGGUGCAUUGUUCAAGGCAAUUGGUACCCCUGUGGUUCCAAUGCAAUCAGUAGGAGAUUCCAAGAGACAAUACUUUAUGAAAGAUCUCAGUCGUUACAGUGAUUACCUCAGUGUACCCUUGAAAUGGACAUCACACUUCCCUCUUAGGACCAUUCUCCCGGCAAGACUAACUAUUGCCAACAAUGAUGACAGACUAAGACAUGCUUUAUACGAGGCGGCCUGGCGAUAUGACAAGAACAUCGGAGAUGAACAGGUUGUGAGGGAGAUACUGACAAACGCCGGAUAUGAUGCCCGUGCCCUUAUCGCAGCCACAAAAAGCCCGAUGGUGAAAGACCAGCUGAAGGCAAACACAGAGAGGGCCAUCGCCGCGGGUGCGUGUGGAGUGCCGAGCUACCAAGUGAAUGAUGGUCCAGUGCUGUGGGGCCAAGACAGGCUUAACAUCGUCGCCGAUAUGUUGUGUGGAUGGCAGGACCAGCCCCAGCAGGAUAACGGGCCUAGCAGCAAGCUUUGAUUGAGUCCCAGCAGGAUAAUGGGCCUAGCAGCAAGCUUUGAUUGAGUCCCAGCAGGAUAACGGUCCUAGCAGCAAGCUUUGAUUGAGUCCCAGCAGGAUAAUGGACCUAGCAGCAAGCUUUGAUUGAGUCCCAGCAGGAUAACGGUCCUAGCAGCAAGCUUUGAUUGAAAAUGUGGGUAGUGUACAGUGUCUAAAUUUGUGUGAGACGAAAUGAAUCUAGACAUAUGAUACAAAAAAUAAGAUUUUAUAUAUCUGUAUGCGAGGCAGUCGCGAAACUACCGGCUAUAAAAAAAGGCGAAAAAAUUGUAUGUUUUCUAAUUAUUGUAUUAUUUCUAAUGAGUCGAACACCUGGGUGGUUCUCAGAGACCGGGAUUUUGCCUUUUAUAUGUUAUCCACGUUAUUCAUAGCGUAGUUUUUUUUUUUCAAUUUUUAACACUUUUUGCUUAGCAAUUAUUGCUCAUUUGCUUGUUACUAUAUAUAAUCUACGUUUAGUAUUAAAUUCUUUCUUUUUCAGCUAGUAGGAUCGCCUUAGAUGCGUAAUAACAUAGUGAUAGCAGCCAAGUCCAUGGCCUUUUGAUCGGGUUUCCUGUGGUGUGACCCAGAACCUGCGGGCACAGGAAACCCGGUAAGAGUGCUAUGGAAUAGACUGCCGUUGUACAUUACAUUCUUGAUAUUUACAAAGUCGCGUUUUCAAAUUUCAUAUCCAUGAAUCUGAAACAUGUUUAGGUGCUUACCUUACCAUAUUUCUUCUAUAUUAUAUUUUGCUAUUUUUGCUCA